AGUAAUACAAAAUUUGAUUUACACAACAAAUACAGCUGUUAAAUAAAUAAAUAAAUAAAUAAAUACAAAUAUCAAUCCUAACACAGAGAGGGAGAGGGAGAGAGGGGAGGGUCUGUCUCCAUGUUGUGAUGAUUGUGAUGUUUUGUUUCUCCUUCUGUAAUCGCAUGUGGCGCGCGGACGCGUUGAAUGAGGCGCGUGAAAUCAGACGCGUUGAAUGAGCGGCGCGCGGAGGAUUAUCAUCAUCAUCAUCAUCAUUGAUGUCGGAAGUCAAACACUGAUAUGGCGAUGGGUUCCGAAUCUGAGUCUCCCCACGACUGUCUGCGUGGACGAUGUCUGGGCUUCCUCAGACGGAUGGAGAUUAACUCCCGCUUCCGCUAUUAUUUCCAGCACCCGUGGUCCCGUCUGGUCGUGGCCUACCUGGUCACCUUCUUCAACUUCCUGGUCUUCGCAGAGGACCCAGUGUCGCACAGCCAGACAGAAGCGCACAUGAUCGUAGUGGGAAACUGCUUCUCCUUCGUGGUGAAUAAAUAUCCCGGAGGAGGCUGGAACGUCCUCAAAGUCCUGAUGUGGAUCCUCGCCAUCAUCACGGGCCUCAUCGCCGGGAAGUUUGUGUUUCAUCGACGCUUGUUUGGUCGUCUACUGCGUCUGAAGAUGUUUCGUGAAGACCACGGCUCUUGGAUGACCAUGUUUUUCACCACGAUUCUCUCGCUCUUUGUCUUCUCUCACAUCUAUAACCUCCUCCUGCUCAUGAACGGACGGAUGGGUCCUCACAUGGUGACGGAGUACAUGGGCAUCAGGAACGAGAGUUUGAUGAAGAUGGCUGCUGUAGGGACGUGGAUGGGGGAUUUUGUGACGGCGUGGAUGGUAACAGACAUGAUGCUGCAGGACACUCAUUACCCGGACUGGGGCCGGACCGCGAGAUACUUAUGGAGGCAAGGUCACAACCGGAUCGUGCUGUUCUGGACGGUGUUGAUCUCUCUGACCUCUGUGGUGGUUCUGGUCAUCAGUACGGACUGGAUCCGGUGGGAUAACCUGAACCGCGGGUUCCUGCCCAGUGACGAGGUCUCCAGAGCCUUCCUCGCCUCCUUCAUCCUGGUCUUUGACCUCCUCAUCAUCAUGCAGUGUGUUUGUUGGAUCUUCUCCUUCCAGGACUGGGAGUUUCCUCACUUCAUGGGUGAUCUGGACAUGAACCUUCCGGGCCUUUCCACCACCCAGCUGAAGAUCAGACUGCCCGUGUGCAAACGCGUCUUUAAAGAGGAAUAUCACAUUCACAUCACGGGUAAAUGGUUUAAUUAUGGAAUCAUCUUCCUGGUCCUCAUCUUGGACCUCAACAUGUGGAAGAACCAGAUCUUCUAUAAACCCUAUGAAUACGGUCAAUACGUAGGUCCAGGAGAGAAGAUCUACACCGUGGAGGAUCCGGAGACGCUGAGGGACUUUAACCGCAGCACGCUGACCUGGGAAUGGCGCUCCACCAACAUAGACCCCCGCACCAACCGGACGUACGUCCAGAGAGACAUGUUCCUUCACAGCCGCUACGUGGGCUCCAGUCUGGACGUGAAAUGCCUGGCGUUCAUCCCGAGUCUGGCGGCUUUUGUGCUCUGUGGGUUCUUUAUAUGGCUGUUCGGCCGUUUCCAAGACAGCGAGACGUUCCCCGAGAGCCCAGACAAGAGCUACGAGCGCAUCAAGCGCAAAUCGCCGUCAGAUCCGGGAGUCACGCCAGAGGAAGUGCACAUCACCAUGACUGAGGCCUUUAAGAGGAGCGGGACGCCCAUGUUGCUCUUGGUUGACACUCAUCAUUUUGGGUCAUCAAACAACUCCAUGUCACCGUGUUCAAACGAGACCCAGGAGACCCAACCCAGUGUAGCAGCUGACAGCUCUGCUCAUGAGGAUACCGCUGAUGUCAAAAAGCUGACCCCAUGACCAUAGCCAAAGGUCAGAUCGACUCUAGGAAUACUUUCUGAAAUCCUCAACAUUGUUUGGUGUUGGGUUAGUCCAACAAACUUCCAAAAUAUGUUGCUAAUUGGUAGGGCUGCAUCCUAAUAGCCGACUAAACGUUAGUCGUCGACAAGAGGCUUGGUCAACCAAAAUUUCAUUAGUUGGUUAGUCUCAGAAAAAAAAACUCAAUGAAGGACAGUCAUCCUUGUGGUAAUUACAGUAUGUCAGACAGGAAAUUCAAAUGUUUGCCUAUCAUCUAUCGACCUUAAAUAUGGCUUAUUAUUUGAAACGUAAGUAGUAGCAACUUUACAUGGCUGCUCGCUCUAACGUUAACUUAAUGUACGCUAUUUUUAGGCACAUAUCAAAGUGUUUGUGAGAAGCGUGGAAGCUAAAGUAUAGCGCUUAUUGUAAGAUAUGAAGGCGUCGAGGCGAUCACUUGCAUUUUUUCCUGAUAACAGUGGAAAUUUAUGGUUUAUGGUCGUACCAUAGACUGUAAAAAAAAAAAAAGAUUGACGACGCACCUUCACUCUCUUCCAGUGUAGAAAAGUAAAUCUGCUAAAUAUGGCGCUGACAUCUUGGGACCCGAGUCUGCGCAGUAGUGAGCAUGAAGUGGGGCCGCGGUAUCAUCGCCCCCGUCCACACUCCCGCAUAAUCAGUUAGUACAGUUUACUGCAGAACAACUCAUUAUGUCAGUGUGAGAUAAACAGUUAUGGAAAUGUAGAAAUUAAAGUUAACCUCCUCCCAAAGAUCCCAAAAAAAGUCUGUUGGUGCCUCAGUGACUACUUCGCUCAGAGAAGCUGUCAAUCAUAACGUCACACCUCCUUUAUUAUAACAUCAAAUAAGUAACUAAAACCAAACUUAUUUAAAAAAACGAACACCUGAACUUAUAAAAAGUUACAAGAUAAACGAGAUAAAAACUACCUAAAAUGACAGAAACCAUCUUUGAAAAAAAUUUAUGUGAAGUGUAAUUCGAUUGUUUAGUUUGUCUCACGGGUGGGGUUUAAGAGCUAUACUGCAUCCAGCCACCUGGGGGCGAUCAAAAUGUUUUGGCUUUGCUUUUCAGGACUAAUACACCAUUCAAAACUGUAAAGGGUCUACUUUUAUUUGUGUGCACUCACAAUAACAACAAAACUUUGUGCUUUUGUAAAAUAAAGAAAACAAACAGGAAUGCGCUUUCUGCCGUCUCGGUCUCUGUGAACUAGAGCACGUCACAAAAAAUGAACCGAAACUCAGCGUAUACUUGCCUCACAGACAUGAGAAAUAUAUUUAUAGAAAGCUUCAAAUGUCUACUUUUAAACAAGCCAAUUUAAAUACUCUCUGAUUAUGUAAUCUGUAUGAAAAGUGCAUUUAUCUCUAUAGGCACGUUCACUAUACUGCGGAGAUGAUAAUCAGCAUCGUCAACUUCAUCUUUGCUGCCGACACUGACUCAGAAAACACUAGUUUAUUAAUAAACAAUUAAAAUGUCUCCUUGCUAUUUUUCUCUGACACAUUCAUAAUCAUUACUUUUGCCGGUGAUUUGCAGCAAGCUUGAGCAUGGAAAAGGCUAUAUUACACCUAUAUAUUAACUAUAUAUUUUAUUUAUUUAUAUAUAUAUUAAAUGCUCAUUAUGGUUUAGUAUUCUCCUUAGUAUAUAUUUAAGUAAUUAAAUUAACUGUUAAGUAAUGGCUGAAAUGAAUGACUACUAGUCGACUAGAAAAUCUUUAGUUGGGAGCAGCCCUACUGAUUGGCUAGUUUUGAAACCACAAAUCAACUCUUCUUUUUUUAUCAAUCUUUUCAGCGGUCUUGCACAUGGCAUCAACCUUUUGAACUCAAACUUUUAAACGUUCCUCAAAACGUCCCUCAAGGACGUUGGUCUAUAUGGUGCUGGAUGUUUGAUUUUUGUACGUCUUUUUAUGUAGACACGCCAGUGCCUACAUGGAUAAAAUGCUGUCCUCACAGUGAACGCAUGGCAUGAUGGUCAUGAAAAUACUCUUAAUGAACACCUAAAGCUGUGCCUUCAUUAUCAAACCUGCGCAUGGGACGUAGCUCCAUGUCUAAUCAUUAUCUGUUGAACUAUUUAUCAGUUAUUUAAACACCAAACUGCUGUGCCACCAAAUAUAUGUUCACACGCAUGUGUUGGAAAAUCUGAUCUGAUUGUUAAUGCUUUAUUUCUGUAUUUUCAGAUUCAGCCAAAGCAAUGCCAUCUUAAAAACCGAAUCCUUUGUCUUUUAUACGUGUGUUGUUUUGAAAUCUUCACCGCAGUGUUUGUUUUGACCAUGUUCGUCCUGUGUGUUUUUUCUGAUGAGCAGGUGAGCUUCUUAAAAUGUUUGGAUGGUAAAUAUCUGCGCCAAUCCCUGUUAUCAAUAAACAACCUUCUUUUGA